AUGCUUGUCCUGUUGCUGGCAGCAUCCAUCCGCUGUCUCCCUGGGAGGCGUUGUCUGGGCCAUGUUUCAGCACUUCUCACUGCAGAGGGCCCCCCUGUCCUUCAAGGUCUGGCCAAGCUCCCACUUCUGUAUUGCAUGUUCCUGUACAUCAUCAUUUUGGGGAACAUAUUUGAGAAGUUGGGAGUUUGCUCCAUGUCCAGAUUUCUCCAGCUUUUGCAUGACAGUCUGUGGAUGAAGAAGGCCUCUAGACUUGUGUUAACUGACCUGUGUUUUGGGACCAUACCCGUGAGGCUGUUCCAGCCAAGGGUGGCAUCCUCCAGCACCUGGUGAGGCAUCAUCUUCUUCCACAGAGGGGCCGGGUUGUUUGGGAGCCUGGGUAAGCCUCCUCUUGGCCUCUUCCAUGGCGGCAGCUGCAUGGUGGCGGUCCUCCUGCUCCUGGUCCUCCUCGGGGCAGCCUGUGGGUUCUCUGUGGGGGUUGGGCUGUGGAUAAUCUGGAGCCAUUUCCUCACUGCUGAGAUCCCUGCAGUCAUUGGCCACUGGUGACCAGUGGCCAGGGUCUCCCAUGACCUCUUCUGGCUGUUGGUGACGUGGGGGAUGAUUUUUCAUCAACCAAGAAUCUGUUCUAUGCCCCAAUUUGGGCGUUGCAUAUGUGACCUCAUGCUACUAGAGGAGGAGCCAGAUGUCGUGGUCGUAGAUCUCUGCUUCGGGGUGGUCCCCGUGAAGCUGUACCAGCCCAGGGCAUCCCCCUGCACACUCAGGCCGGGCAUCAUGUUCCACCAGGGCGGCGGCGAGGUCUUUGGGAGCUUGGGUAAGAGUCCUUCCCACAGACCCCCGGCCUGCAGAGAGAGUGGCUCAGGGGUUCUAUCAACUGGACACCGCAUGGUGCCCCAGCAUUAGUUUCCAGUGGGAGCAACAGACUGCAUGGCGGCCGCCACCCAUUCCCUGCAGUCCCUGGGUAUGUACGGGGUGGACCCAGUGUGGGUUGUGGUCUGUGGCGACAGUGUGGGAGGCGGAAUAGCAGUGAUAAUUUGUCAAAGACUUUUGGACCAGCCAGAUCUUCCCAAGAUCCAGGCCCGAAUCCUGGUAAACUCCGUUCUCCAAAGCCCGCAUUUCCAGCUCCCCUCCUACCAGCAGAACACGAACGUCCUGUCGCUCAGUCUUGCCUUUGCCUUCUAUUGUUGGUGUGUUCGCCUGGACAUGAGCCCCUCCUGGAAGACCACCAUCAGGAGAGGCGCCCGUUUGCCUGCUGAAGUCUGGGAAAAGUAUGGAAAGUGGUUGGGUCCAGAAAACAUGCCUGAGAGGUUUAAGAAGAGAAGCUACCAGCCAGUGCCCCGGGAGCCCAUGAAUGAGGCUGCCUAUCAGGAGACAAACUUCAUCCUGGAUUUGAUGAACUCACCCCUGAUUACAGAAAAUGAAGUAGUGUCUCAGCUCCCCGAAGCCUGCAUGGUGAACUGUGAAUAUGAUCUUCUCCGGGAUGAUUCACUGUCAUGCGAGAAGAGGCUGGGGGACCUGGGAGUCCCAGAGACUUGGUGCCACAUGGAGGAUGGUGUCCACAGAGUGCUCAACAGCCUUGACGUGGGUUGCUUGUACCUCCCCUGCUCCAGGAGGAUCCUGAAUGCGACAGUCCAUUUCCUAAAAAGGUUGAAGCCAUCUUUCCCUCCUGCUGGAGCUGAGGCUGGGGGCCACCCUCUUGCUCUCCAGGGGGGUUUCUGUGGCUGAUGGGGGUGAUGCUGAGCGGGGCCAGGGAGGGCAGCGAGAUUGCCAUCUGCUUCUUGCUCCAGGCUCUAGAAUCCCAGAAUGCACGUUUCUGAUCUGAAGGGAGAGCAGUAGAAGAGACAGGUUUGCGGGGAGGAGAGGGUUCU